AGCAGUACCGACGAUACAUGGAAAAUCAGCUUCGGGAGAACAUUGACUUCGAGGGCACGCCGAUCCGGCUGCUCUGGCGAAGCAAGCGCCGAACCAGACCAGUAGGUUCGGAAGGAGAAGGGACGGGAGAGGCAGGGACAGGAGGAAGAUCGGGAGGAGAGCGGGGCAAAGGAGUGGAGAGUGGUGGAGAGAAGGGACGAGGAAGAGGGGGAGAGGCGGAAGAGGAGGGAGAGGUGGGAGAGGAGGGAGAGGGAGUGGAAGUAAGAGUGGGAGGGCCACAUCUGGUUGAAGGAAUGAGGAAAGUGUGAAGCUGAACAGAUAUUCUGGUAGGCAGGAAUAGUAGGAAAGGGAUAAGGACAAGGUCAAUGCGUAUGCCACUGUACUGUAGAUGUGAUCUUUUGUACAUUUCAGGCUGGUAAUGCUGCUACAUGUGCAUAUCAACCACCAUGAUACACCGCA